UUGACAAUUUCCUGGAGGGAGGUUCCUCCCUUAUCAUGUGAAAUUUCCACUGCUUGGAUUCAGAUUGCGCUCGUUGUGUCACCUAUGAUGAGCACGCUGUCCACCUCACACAAUGGAUUAAACCUGGAGUUGAGAGUAGGUCACAGUUUGCCACACCUGACUACUUUACAAAGUUGAUUUAAAUCUCAAGGGGGAGAAACGCAAAAAACAAGGCAUGAUUCAGAGGACAGAGGUGGUGCUCUCAGUCUUGGGGGAGCUGCAGGAGGCCACAGAGUGUGUGGGUCUUGAUGCCCUCACUAAAGUUGCUGUGGAGGUGGAACAGGUCCUGGCCCCUUUCCAUCUUCCUACAGCACUCUGCUCUGAGAUCUCUUCAUGGCUGGGCAUUGAUGCAGUAGCUCACAGACUGUACCCAGGAGACGCACCAACGGGUUUGCUUCCUCUGUUCUGCAAAGGAGAAGGAAACCUGCUGUUUGAUGCAGCUAGCAUGCUCCUGGUGGGCUCUACGAGCCUGAGUCUAGAGCUGAAGGUCAGAACUGUGGUGGAGAUGCUACUUUGGAAGCGAUAUUACCUGUGUGGUAUGAUUGACUCGAAGGUCAUGCUGCAGGCAGUUAGGUUUUCCCUCUGCACCGAGGAGUCUCAGGACAUGCUCAAUCUCCCGAUUCAAGUAUUGGAAGCCAUCUUCGAUGCUGAUGUCAAGGCCUCCUGCUUCCCCGGCUCGUUUGCAAACAUGUGGCACGUGUAUGCGCUGGCAUCUGUCCUGCAGUGCAACAUCUAUUCGGUUUAUCCCAUGUACAAUUUAAAGAUUCGGCCCUACUUCAGUCGAGUCAUUCGCCCAAGGACAUGGCCAAAAGACUUUGAGCCCUUUACCCUUCACAUCAUGUGGUCGGGUGACUUGGAGGCAGGCUCUGUUUUCAAACCCCACAACUUUGUGGCCUUGAUUCAUGCGAGUGACCUAAAAAUCGGAAGUCCCAACAGCGAGCAGCGAAUGCCCUCGGUGAAGUCCCUGGAUCUUCUGAAUCAGGACUCCCAGCUGUCUUACUCCAACCUCAAAGACAAGUUCAACAUCACAAAGAGCACCUUUUACCGCUGGAAGAGGCAAAGCCUCGAGUAUCACAAGAAAUCGGUGGCCAGGUAUGAGGCCAAAAACUUCUUCCUGACAUCCUACAAGCAAGGGAAGCUUAUUCCCCUCAACCAGUUCAAACAGCUUUUCCCAGAAAUUCCAAGAUCCACUUACUAUGCAUGGAAGCAAGAGCUUGUGUCCACUUGCAGUGUCUCGGGCGGCUCCACGGGGGAGCUGAGUCCCGCAGAUAGCACUGAACAGGACUACUGGUCCUCACCAGAAGUCAAGAACAAGCCCAGCCAAGGGAGCUUUGCCAGCAUGUUGGCCUUCAAAUGUGAGAAACUGGAAGGGGAACGUGUCCAAAACGUGGCUUUGAUGCAAGAGGCGAAGAAGAGCUUGCAGAACUGUAUUGUUGCAAACACGUCGUUCCCCUACAGAAUUUUCAAAAGAAAGUUUCCUGGCAUCUCCAGAUCCACAUACUACAAUUGGAGGAGGGAAGCCAUGUUGUUUACGCCUUUCAAAGAGCUCUCAGGUAGCAGCGAGGAAAGCUCAGAUGCUGAUAAAACCCAGAGUCCCAGAAGUCAAGUGUCCCCUGCUAAUUUUGACAGACAAAAGCUGUCACCAAGAGUGAAGAUCUCCAGACGCAAACAAAGAAGCCUGAGGCUGGUGUACCACCAGAGGAAAACGUUAAGGGAAGAAGCCAAAAUGCAUGUCCUGAGGUCAAAGAUGUCCUUCAUCAAAUUCAAGCUCAAGUUCCCUUCGGUUUCCUCUUCUUUCUACUGGCUCUGGAGAGAUUCUUUGAACAGGAAAGCCAAGAAGCCUGAAGCCAUGAAGAAAUCCCAGAGCUUGGUUGUCUCGCCAAACGUCUUUGAAAAGAUAAAAACUCAAAGAAUGUUUUCUUUUGAUGGGACCAUCGAUUGCCUGAAUGGACAGACAGUUAGUCCCUCUGAAUUCACACUGCCUGAAUACUCUAUGCCUGACCGGUCCAGUAAUGAACAGAUGUUUGUGAUGGAUGUCGUGGCACUGGCCAAUUUCAAGGCCAAAGCAAAGCUGUUCUUGCAACAACGUUUUGAAGAGAAGUCCUUUCCCACAUUCAAAGAAUUCCGGUCUUACUUUCCUCUUACUCCUCGUUCCACCUACUACAUGUGGAAAAGGGCUCUGCAUCACGGGGUGCCAUUAAUUCAUGGCUGAAUGCUCUGUUAUAGCAUUAUAUAUACACACCUCUGUAAAGUCCUCUAAUUAAGUCCAGAUCUGACACUACUGAUUUUUAUAGUUCAAUGCAAUGUUCCUUUGAGUCUGACUGUUUGUUUUUUGAGUCACCCACAUAAUUGUAGUUCAUGCAUCUUAAUUAUUUGUCCCUUUCCUUUUAUUUGACCACUUGGUUCUAGCUCAAGGACAUUUGCGUGUGUGUGGAAUCAGACAGUCUUUGUGUCCACCUACAGUAAGUGCUGAUGGCCCCUAGGCAAAAGGCAGUUCAAAGACAUUAUCAGGGUUUCAAAUGGCUCUAUUUUGACCCCCCCCCCCCAAAUAUUUACAAUUUAAAUGAAUUCUAACUUCUGAUUAGGUUAAUUUUAUUUCUUGUUUAUUUCAUUUUAAUUGUUUUUGACUUAUUUUUUGAUUUGUUAUUUUGUUUUAUUUAGUUUAAACUAUGAAAUCACAGCUUAGGAUUUUUCUUGAACAAAAAAAAUUUAGAGUAUUUUAAUUCGUACCCUGGAGUGUUCAUUUCUUUUCUUUUUUUUUACAUAUAUAUUUUUAUACUGACAAUUGAAUGUUAUCUCUGCUUGGGAAAUGUGGCCAAUUUAAAAUGGAUUCCUCAUACUUGUAUGUUACAGAAUUGUUGCCGUUUUGCACAUUGGUUUUGAUCAUGUUUCAGUUCACGUUUACUUUUCUUUUUUUUUUGCUGCUAAAGGUGUAAAUAUUUGAUUUGAUACCGUUUAAAUGUUUUCUAAAGUUAUUGUGUUUAACUACCUGACUGACUUUUUCAGCUUCACCGUUAUAGUGUUCUGUAACUCUCGGUUAAACUUGUCUAAAAAAUGACAGUUCACAAUGUGCACCUUGGAUGAAUUUGAUAAGCACAAAGCUAAUUUUGUUAAUUUUAUCAUGUAUGAGGCCAGCUGCUCGGUGCAAUAAAACCUGGUUUAUACCCUCUG